AUGAGAGGUGUAUUAUGUAUGGCAUUGAUAUCCUUCUUUAGUAUUGUUUGUGGUAAACAAAUACUUAAACCAAAAGCAAAUGAAUAUAAUAAACAGGCUAACAUGUAUAACAAUGGUACUACAGGAUCCAAAAGAGUAAUAACCCCUGAUAGCAAACUUAUUGAACAUAGGAGUGCUGAAGAUGAAUCUACAGGUGAUAGUAAUGAAAGUGAAGAUGAAUCUACAGGUGAUAGUAAUGAAAGUGAAGAUGAAUCUGAAUCUCAAUACGAUCUGCAAAAGGAUUCUAAAGGCAACCUUGCUAUAACUAUAAUAACCCCCGAAAAAACAAUUAUCCAUGCCAAUAAUGAGGAAUCAAAAGAAAAAAGACAUAAAUCUAAACCUUUAUCUAAAAAAUCUAAAAGAGUACUUGGUCGGAGUAGAAAGGCUAAAAAAAGAAUGAGACAACAAGCAAUGCAGUAUAUGAGAUUAAAAUAA